GCUCCCUCAGCAUCUGUUUCUAAACCUGUCAAGGACGCACCAGAGAUAAAGAGCAACCAAAAAGAGAAUUCGGAUGUUUCGUCGUCCUGGCCACUCCCGUCGGUUGCGAAGACACGCCCCCGAGGUCCUACCCGCCGACCACCAUCUCGCUCGAAGCUCAAUACUGCAGCUGCAGGUGCUGAUGUUAUAGAGAAACCAUCACCCGGCAGUUCUGAAAAGCCAUCACCUGAUGCCUCUUUGGAUACGGUUGAAGCUUCGUCACACAGUAAUCUCGUAAGAACUGAUGAAGUGACAGCCAAAAGCAAAGACGAAAGUCCGGCCAGCAGUACGAUUCCUGGUCAGAUAAGCAGAUCAACAAAGCAGGCCGAGGAAAAAGUAGCAAAACCUCCUACUAUGCGAAGCGCUGCUCCAAGCACUGUGCCUAGCGUUGCUUCGAGCUCUGUGCCAAGUGCUGCUUCAAGCACUGUUCCAGCGCUGCUUCCAAGCACUGUGCCAAAAGCUGCGCCAAGCACUGUGCCAAAAGCUGCGCCAAGCACUGUGCCAAAAGCUGCGCCAAGCACUGUGCCAAGCGCUGCUCCAAGCACUGUGACGAGCGCCGCGUCAAGCACUGCGCCACGAGCGAAUGUAUCAAAGAUGGCUCGUUCCUUCUUCGAUUCUGAAAGCGAUGACGAUAUCGUACUAUGCGAAGCGCUGCUCCAAGCACUGUGCCUAGCGUUGCUUCGAGCUCUGUGCCAACACUGUGCCAGCGCUGCUUCAAGCACUGUGCCAAAAGCUGCGCCAAGCACUGUGCCAAAAGCUGCGCCAAGCACUGUGCCAAAAGCUGCGCCAAGCACUGUGCCAAGCGCUGCUCCAAGCACUGUGACGAGCGCCGCGUCAAGCACUGCGCCACGAGCGAAUGUAUCAAAGAUGGCUCGUUCCUUCUUCGAUUCUGAAAGCGAUGACGAUAUCGGAGCAGGCGACAACAAUAAAAGUGGCGGAAAUGAUAGUUCAAUCUCGAAAGCUACUCCAAAAAGUGGUGCAGCCGUUCGUGAAGAACCUGCUCGCGAAAAUCCUACCAAAUCUUCCGCGAGUAGUCAAGGAGCUCUCGCUCAGACGACCACGAAGCCACAAUUCGCAAAAGGACUGUUUGACGAUGAUGAAGAAGACGAUGAUUUGUCAAUGUUUAGAAGCAGCAAGCCUAAGAAAAGCUGA